ACACACCUUCACCUCACUAGCAACCAUGGUUUACAUGUGGGAACCCGGCACCUGGUACGACCUUGGCUCCGUCGUCGAAUACGAAGGGCACAAGUACAAAAUCAUCCAGGCUCACCAGUCGCAGUCUGGAUGGGAGCCCCCCGCGACCCCCGCUCUCUGGGGCCGCCUCCCCGAGGAAGAGCACCACGAGCACCACCAGGAAGGUAGCUACAACCCCGGAUACCAGCAGCCUCCUCAGCAGCCCUGCGCCCCAGAGAAGCCGCACUACGACCCGAUGCCGCAGUCGCAGGUGCCCAUCCACGAGGAGGAGCGCAAGACCGGCUGGGACGGCCUCAGCGACGAGCGCAAGAAGCAGAUCGAGGUCGGCGGCGGUCUUCUUGCCGGGCUUGGCCUGCUCGGCGCGGGAUACUUUGCAUACAAAGAACAUGAGAAGAGCGAUGAUGAGAAAAAGGCGAAUGUGUGGGCCCUUCAGAACUGGGUUCACGAGGCUGAGCAGCGCACCCGCGAUUACUAUGAGCGUGGGCCCCGCGGUCCUGCUACCUGGAUCCUCGUCGACGGCAAGAACAUCCCGACCAACAUCGCCAUCGUCGGCGGAGAGGAGCACGGCCAGCCGCACUACAUCUGCCGCGGUUUCCACGAUGGCAGUCUCCAGAUUGGCAAGGCGUCCCACAUCUUCCAGAAGGGCGGCGUCAUUGGCUACGGCCACAAGGAGAUUCAUCUGCCGAAGUUUGAGGUGCUCGUAGGCGACAUGCGUGCCCUCCGCUGGGUCGACACGCGCGGCCGCGUCGAUCUCGACCGCCUCGGCGCACGCCCUGUCGAAGGUGGCCGCGAGGCAGAUGGCACUCCGCUGUUCAUCGCCCAGGCCCACCACCACGGCGCCAUCGUGCCCGGGAAGUGCAGCGUCCGGCUCGACGGCGCCUUCGUUCCUUACGCGAACACCGAGAAGGAGGAGAAGGAGUACCGUGUCCUCUGCUACGCUUAGGCGCGCGUGGUGGCCUCAACCGUGUAAGAAUAGAAGUCGUGCUCUGUAGGAAGUUUUCGUCAUCUGCUAUCACUGAAAUAAGUCAAUGUACAUCGUCUCGAACGCCUCUUGAUUGAUGCUGUGUAAUCCUAUCCCUGUCCGUUCCUGCCCGGCCAUUCUCACCUUCCGCGGACAUCACGACCGGUUGUUGAUGAGCUUGCUCUGGAUGACCGAAAGCCCUGCAUAGAUGAGAUCGAGCUUGGGCGUCGGUACGUUCUUGGCUUUCGCCCGCCGAAGGACCCCUCCCACGAUCGCCUCGACCUCCAUCGGACGUCCAUAGUCCAGAUCAACCAGCAUCGAGGGGCGGAACACAGACUUGGGGUCCUCAUGUUCGAUGACUUCAUUGACCACGUUAUCGUUGAGGACAUCGUCUGCUUCCUUGGAAGGCGGGAGGGAUGCGCGCGCGACCGUGAGCACCUCGGUCAUGAUGUCCUUGAGCGCCGCGCGCGAGGUCUCGAGCGCAAGGACGUCUCCAACGUGGGCGCGCGUCAGCGUGCAGAGGGUGGAGAACGAUGCGUUCCAGAGGACCUUGCGCCAUCGUGCGAUGUCAAUGUCCGAGACUGCUUCAGCAUUUCCCCCAGCAGCCUGGAAGAGGCCACAGAGGGUGUCAAGCGAGCGCCUGCCCAUCUGCUCAUCAUGGUUGGGAGAGUCCCCGUGUGGGCGAUGGUAGCCGAGCACGAGUCUCUCCGGAUUUCCGUGCUGCUCGAUUCGCCUGCCUCCGUCGAGGGCAGUGGUGUCCACCCAGCAGCACCCCGAUAUGACCACAGACGGGGCGUCGAUCUUCGCAAGCGCGGCCUGCAGGUCGUCUUCGAUGCCGAUGCCGUUCUGGAGCAGCACGAAUGUCGUGGGCUGGGCCGGCGGAGAAGCGGAGAGCUGAGCCAAGAGUGGAGAUAGGAGUGCCGGAGUGGUGGUGAUCUCCGGGACGCACUUGAAGGCGCAGAUAAUGUAGGAGUAAUGUCGGUCGGCUGCCUCUUUGACCGUACGGACCACUCGAUGUGGCUUCCAUUGAGG